AUGCCUUCUCUGCCUCGCCCUGCUGGCUCCCGCCCCCCUAUCCUAACCUCCCCCUUAGUCCUCAUGCUCGGGCACGAGCUCACACACACGAAGCUCAGGCUGCGUUUGCCAGGUUAUGGGGUGGGAAGCCCUCUUUUUGCCCGUUUCGUACACAGCGACGAAGGCCGCGCCUUACUUACCUUAACCGGCCAUGACGUCCCGUUUAUGGUUAGCCGUAUUCGGGGCGCCCAGCUUGCGAGGAGCCCAUCCCCAUUCCCGAUCUGCUCCCGUGCACCGGGGCAUUUCGACGGAGCAUGCGGUAACUGUAAGUUCCAGGAUCAUGGAUUCCGCUGCUCCGUACGAGACGGCACUGGUAACCGGAAUAGGACACGAAGAGCGGCCGCUCUCCUAGCUCGGAGCCCCCUUCCACAGUCUCAGUUAGCCAUUGGGACAGCCGCCAAUCCCGUCGACCUAGAUGAUGACGACGACGUCAUCAUCAUUAACUGA